CUCUUGCAACCCAGACAUGCCGUCCACAGACUCGCCAGCGGUCAUAGUAGCGCGCUAUCUGAAAGCAAACCAUUAUAACGAGACACUUGAAGCAUUUCUGAAAGAAGUCGGCUUGCCUGAAGAGGCAGCAAUCACUAAUCAGGGUGACUGGACGAUAGAGAAGAUCCUCGAAGAAAAGAAACAAUACGACUCGAGUCUCCAGUUCGAGAAGAAAGGCGAUGAUCAGAUCACCGGCUGGCCGCUCCCGGCACCUUCCAAGCCUGUCGAACCCGACGUCUUCAUAACGUCCAACGUCCUCUGCGUAAGUGGCGAUGGCAGAGGAAAAACGGAAGACACUGUGAUUUCAAUCACGUCUGCCGAUCGAUCAUGGGCUCGUCUGGACCCGUCGGCGCCUUUCUCGCCUAUCGACGCGGCGUCGAGCACCCACGGAAGUCCAGUUUUGUCCGUUAACGCGAUCUCCAAGGACUAUGUCUUUUCGACCUCGAUGUCCGGCGAACUCAUGAUGCAUGACUCUCGAGGCCGACUGCUUGACAAGUGCCGCGACCACUUGAAGUACGCAGUCCAAGUGGUUUCAGGCACGACAAGACAGGGCAGGUGGAUCGUGGCGACCGCUGGCUGGGACCAGAAAAUCCACAUCUAUGCUCCCGAACAGGAACUGGCGGAGCGGUUCGAUUCCACAGAACGCUUAGCCGAUGGCCAGCCACAUAUCAAUGGGCUCUUGCGAGACCCCAUUCACACGAUCUCGCUACCCUCCAAUCCAGAGUCCAUGGUCUUGGUUCAACAUCCUGACACGCGCGAUCUCUACCUAGUACUUUCCCGACGAGACUCGACAUUCUUGUACUAUUAUUGCAUCACACCUAUUUCUGACGAAGCUUCAUCUACACGCAGCAGCGAGAUUACAUACUCCGUGCAAGAAACCGGGAAGCAGAACUUGGCUCCUCACAGCAACGCCUGGAUUGCGUUCACGCCGUCUUGUCUGGCAUUAAGUCCCACAGAUCCUACACUACUUGCCGUGGCAACCUCGCACCUUCCUCACAUGAAGAUGAUCAUUGUCCGGCUUCUAUUCCCAGCUGGAUCCUACGGUGCAAACUCCAAUUCCGCCUCUGGCGGAGGAUCGACACAGGCCUCGCAAGCACGCGCAGACCUCGCUCUGCAGGACCGUGAAGAUGCCGCCAUCCGUAUCCAUGUGCCAACUAUGGCUCCUCAAACACCGUACUCGACGCCACAGGUGGUCUGGCGUCCUGGUGGCAACGGCGUCUUUGUCAACGCUGAUGAUGGCGUGAUCAGGGGCAUCAACACGCUGAGUGGCAAGGUGGUGGCGACCCUGAAGGCGCAUGAGGUUGGGAGCAAAGUCCGCACUCUGUAUGCUGGUUGGGAGAAGGGCGGAAAGGACGAGAUCUUGAUCAGUGGUGGGUUUGACAAGAAGGUCUUUAUGUGGAGGAUUUCAAAGGAAUAGUCUUUUCCCCACAGUAGACGACCAGAUCAUAUAGCUAUCGGUGCUGUCAAUGCUUAGACUUUCUUGAUCCAGAUCGCUAGCGUCUGUCUUUCUAUAUUCGUGCAUUGUUCGGGUGAUUGAAAGGAAGAAGGUAGUGCUCCGGAUAGUAGGGCCAAUUUCGAGCUUUCACAAAUCUCCGAAUCCCACGGAUCCUCAAGAUUUGC